AUGAGUCCAGUCCGCAUACGUCUUGCGAGGCAUGGGCGUCGACACGCGGCGGUGUUCCGUAUCGUGGUGGCGGACUCGCGAGCACCACGCGACGGCCGCUUCCUCGAGCACGUCGGAACCUACAACCCGCGGGUAAUUCGAGGGGCGAAGCUCGUUCAGUUCGACGUGAAAAGAACUCAGUACUGGCUGUCCGUGGGCGCCCAGCCGUCUGAGCGCGUCGCUAAGCUGCUGGGUUUGGCGGGCGUGCUGCCUCCGGCCCCAGUGCGAGGUCGCACGGCAGCACCGUCUGCAGCGGCACCGCAAAACUUGGGCGCUGUUCGAGGUCUCGAAUCUCUGGUUCCGACUUUCGCGGUGUCAAGAGAAUUUUAG